GCGCAAUACCGCGGCGCCUUGAGCGCCGCUCGCCUCGGCGCGGCGACGAUCUGCGCAUCGUUCCGUCUGUGACUAGAGGACCCAACGACUUAACCCAGUCGGGCCGAGACGGCUAGUGCGAUAUCUUCUGCAUUCUGAAAAAUGGCAUGGUUAUGCGCCCGCACCGUGCUCCAAACAUGUCGACGGCGGAUCUCCUAUAGCCUCGCGUGCGCCCAAAAAGAAUUCGCUGAUCCGCUCGAUCAUGCCACAGGCUUGGAGAAGAGGGAGAUGCUCGCCCGUUUAGCCGGUAACGAUGAUCCGUACAAUAUGACCAUAAAGCGGCGAGCAAUCAGUACAAAGGAAGAUCCCAACAUAGUCUAUAGCGCAUUCGAGAGUCGCAUAAUGGGAUGCGUCUGUGACGAAGACUCACUACACGUCAACUGGAUGUGGCUGCACCAAGGUCCUCCGCGCCGUUGCGAGUGCGGCCACUGGUUCAAGCUGGUCGAGAAAGCACCUAUAUAAUAUUCCUAAGGAUGUGUGAGCUAGUGGAUUGUUUUCAACAUAGAAUUAAUGUUACAUUAGACAGUAA